GGCAAAGUCAGACUUGGGGGUGGAUAAUGCCAGCACCUAAAGUGCAUUGGAGAAAAUAAUGAAGGCAAAGAAAGAAAAGAUGCAUUAGAUAGAGAAGGUAUCCCUUUCUUUUCUUGAAAUUUGAAAGGUUUGAACACUAAGCAAGCUUUCUCUCUCUUUCUUUUUAAAAGUCUGCCAACAUUAGUCCUGUCCACCAAAUUCCAUUAUUCCUUUAACAAACCAAAAAACCACUCCACCACAAAGGCCAGUCAUUUUAUCCUUCUUGCUCCCCCUGCUCUUUCCCUUUUUGUCUUUGCUUUUACUCUACUUUUUAUCUCAUAACACAAAAAGGGGGGAAUCAAUGUUGCAAAAACAGCCCAACAAAUCAUCUUUUAGGGAAUCUCUCAAAGCUCUUGAAGCUGAUAUUCAGCAUGCUAAUAGCCUGGCAGCUGCUCUACCAAGAGAUUAUGGUGGCAAUUGUUACCAAAUGAGAUUAUCUUAUAGCCCUUUUGCACCCUUCAUCCUGUUUUUGAUUGAAUGGAUGGAUUUUAGUUGUACAGAUACCCUUCCCAGUUGUCUAGGCCUUCUCCAUAUACUUGUAUACAAAGCAUAUGCUGAUGGAAUGCCAGCUCUAUCCUCAAAAGAUAGAAAAGCAACUCUAAGGGAAUUUUAUGCUGUUAUUUACCCUUUGCUCAGACAACUUGGAGAUGAGUUUAUUGAAUUGGAAGAUAAUAAGAAAGGCCGAUGCACUGAAGUUUCGAGCAGAAAGAGAGUUGAAGAUCGCAAGAGGUUCUCUGAUAAAGAUUUAGAGAGAGAUGAUGAAUGUGGAAUAUGCAUGGAGAAUUGCACAAAGAUGGUUCUGCCCAACUGCGGGCAUGCCUUAUGCAUAAGCUGCUUCCAUGACUGGAAUAUCCGUUCUCAAUCCUGUCCUUUCUGCCGUGGUAGUUUAAAGAGAGUGAGUUCUAAAGAUCUGUGGGUUCUCACAAGUGCCAAUGAUAUAAUCGACAUGGUUACUCUUGCAAAAGAGAACUUGAGGUGUCUAUAUCUCUACAUCGAAAACCUGCCUUUUGUUAUGCCUGAGACACAUUCAUAUGUAUCUGAUUACAUGAUCUGACUACGAAAUGAAGACUGCAGUCCAACCACUGCAGAAAACCGUCGUCCCUACAUUGUACAUACAAUAUGGUAUAGGUAAGCCUGAGCUUAUCUGAUGAACUCUUGAGUCUUGACGGUCUGUUCAAUGGCAGCUGUAUGUAGUAAUUAACUGAGGUGCUGCCUACAUGUCACAUGGGUUUCAAAACUAGCAAGAAGUUGACUCUGAAGAUUUGUGAAAUUUGGUAUAGAACAGUCUGGAUAAAAGCAGAGAGGCAGGGAUUACAAACCGGAAUAUAUAUUACAUGUAGAAGAUAACAGAUCCAAACUGAAAACAAAAAAGGUAUUAUUGGCAUUCAACUCAGCUUUUUUCGAACCUGAGUGCUGGAAUGGAAAUAUAAAGAGUUUAUUAUCUCAUGGAAUCUUCAGUUUCUGCUUACUGUCAUCUGAUCUACGAUAUGAAUAUCAUGGAUCAAAUGAAUCUUUCUUGAAACUUGUGCCUCAUCGAUGAAUUCCUAUCAUAAAAUUGCCUGUGACUGGAUUAUUUUCAUAAACGUUUUACCUCAACAAUGAAUUGCAUCCUUAGAAAAGUAUUUCUUUUCUUGAAUUUGCAGGAUUUGAAUUUCGUUAUCACAAACUAAAAGUUCAUACUCUAAUAAUAGAUCAUGCAGCCGUUGACAGCAAUGUACUUUGAUUGCUAUAUAAUUAUGAAUCCAGGGUUCCAAGUUAAGAUUUUCCUGGUGUCAAUUUUGUUAUACUGAAU